AUGGAGCCCACCGAAGCAUCCCAGCCACGGGGUCAUCCAUUGCUCCCAGGGAUCAUUGCCACCUUGUUGGGUGCCUUCAGCUUGGCGGUCGCUGCGCUCCUUGUGAAGGUUUGUGCUACCGCCCUGAGCACCUUAGAUCUCCUUUGGGGCAGAGCGAUUUUGCAGACGACUGGCUUGGGCCUUUUCUUCCUGAUCCGUUGCGAAUCGCCUUGGGGUCCACGUGGCCUGCGACUCUGGCUCUGCCUCAGAGGGAUCUUGGGGUGCCUCGCGGUGGUUGGCUACUUCAUGGGCAUCAUUGCUUUGCCCCUCUCGGACAGCAUCUCCAUCUACAGCGUCAAACCCAUCUGUGCCGCACUGUUGGGCGCAUGCAUAUUGGGAGAGCGAUUAACCUGGAUGCAUGCACUGGCAACAGGCCUUUCGUUGCUGGGUUGUAUCCUGGUGGCCAAAGAAGAGCAUCACGAUGCCAAGUCCAAGCACUCCUCGGAGCUCUAUUUGGACCCCGUGGUGGCGGUGAUUCUGCUGCUGCUGGCUGCGCUCUUUGCUGCCGGCACUAUGAUUACCACCAGGAAGGUCAUGGCUGGAACGGCCUUGAGACCUGAAGUGCCGGUGUGGUACUUUUGUUUUAUGGAUUUGCUGCUGCUGGGUGCCGCCACGCCGCUGCUGUGGGGCACCUCUUUCACCCACCGAGCUGCUGACAUCGGCUGGACGCAUCUGGCAAGCCUCGCUGGAGUGGCCGGGUGCUCCGUGUUAGGCCAGCAGUUCUUCACCUACGGCCUGCGCUACAUCCCCUCGGCCCUGGGCACUCUGUUGCUCCAAAUGGAGACUGUGGAUGCCUUUGUUUUGCAAGUCAUUUUCCUUGCCAAGGUGGGCCCAAUGAGCAUCCUGGGCGCUCUGCUGAUUUGCACUGCCUCGGCGUCGCUGGCAAUCUUCGAGCUGCGCAGCAGUAGUCGGGACUCGGACAACGAAGACGGCGAGUCUGGUGAGUCGCUGAAUGCCGAGACCACCGACAGAUCCAGCGUCAGCAGCGAACGCGACCUGGUGAACCUGGCAGCCGUGGAUUUAGAAUCUCGGCCAGUGGGUCAUGCGACAGACCCAGACCAUCUGAACUGA